UUUUUUUUUUUUUUUUUUAAGUCGACAAAUGCAAGCAGGAAAUUAAAGCAAAGUAGGCCAGGGGAAGGAUAAGACCUCCAAGUAUCCUUGGCCUUAGUAGAGAACACCAGGCUUCCCAAUAUGCUUGGGAUAGGAUCUUAGAUACUUUGAAUAUUAUUUGAAUAUUAAAGAAAAGGGUAAAUUUUUGAGGAGCCUACUAAGGGUGCCCAGUCAGAUAUCUAACUAGAGCGUUCAAGUAAACAAAUUAAUAGGGCCUGGGCUAGGAGGGUGAGCUAUUUCCGGCAUGUGACCUUUUCUCACUGACAAUGAGGUAAUCUCCUGAGGAUGCUGAGAAAACGUGAUAGAGCUUGAGGAAACAGUUUGAAAAUAGCACCUUGGGAAUCCCCUACCACAAUCUGUUUCCCCUUGAACUACUUGUGAGCAGGCACGUCUUAAACAUUUUUUGUCCUCAUUUGUACAAAUACAAAUCCUCAUUUGCAUUUGUAGCAGGCUCAAUAAACGAUAGAAUAAAUGGAUGAAUGGAGGAGGAUGAGUGGAGGAGGACGAACGGCCGAGUCUGAGGCUGCGGAGGAGGUGCAACCUUAGAGCCCAGCUCAAAGGCAGUGACCGCCAACCCGCACCUAAAAAAAUCAAGGCUGGAGGCCAAGUGAGAGAACAGCGCCCACAUUAUCCCAGUCUGAAGUCCUGCUCCUUUAGGGGGCGGGGCAAGUUCGCCUCUGCCCUUCAAUUGACCAAUCCCCGCCUCAAUAGGGCGGGGAUUUCAAGCUGUUUUUCCCCCCACACCCCUUAAAGUACUAAAUAUGUUUGGGCGCCGUUCAAACGGACCAAUGAGUGCUCGAUGUUUCCUGCGGUUGGGCCUCACCGAUUGGUCAGAGUUCGUCGUCCCUCCCUCCUUGUCACGCCUUUUGCCCCACCCGGUAGCACACAAGAUGGCGGCGCCCAGCGGAGUAGAGGCCGCGCCUGGGGUUUGCUGAGGCUUGUUCCCUUCCCCGUUGCUCCCUUGGGCGCGAAGCGCCGCAAGCCCAGAGGACGGGGGCCGGGCGGGGUCAGAGGCACCUGCGUAGCUGGACCGCGAGCCCGCGCCCAGCCUGCGCCGCCCCCACCCGGCCCCGGCCUGGCCCGAUCCCUUCCGUUCCCGGUCUCCUCUCGGUCUGACCCAUUGCCUGGCCGUGGUAUGCCACCACCAGGCCUCCAAAGCUGAGGUUUCUCCUCCAGCCCGGGAUCACCUCCACUUUAGAGAUGUUUGGGCUCUUUCCUCCCAAAGAGCCCGCCUUCAAAACCGGGACACCUGGACCGGCAUCUGGCCCCCUUUCCCUCCCCUGAGACUCCACUUCCUUCUAACCCACUUCUUCCUCAGAUCCUCCCUGUAUUGGAGGCUGCUCACUUCUUUCCAAAUUAAUCCCCGACCUCCUCCUUCCCCCAAAUAUUGACAGCCCUGACACCUCCCUCAACCGGGAGCCAGACUUCCUUUUGGACUAACCCCCAUAGCCCUAUCAUGGAGGCUGUGUACCUGGUAGUGAAUGGGGUGGGCCUGUUGCUGGAUGUGCUGACCUUGGUGUUGGACCUCAACUUCCUGCUGGUGUCCUCCCUCCUGGCUUCCCUGGCCUGGCUCCUGGCCUUCAUCUACAACCUGCCAAAUACGGUACUGACUAGUCUUCUGCACUUGGGCCGUGGAGUCUUGCUGUCACUGCUGGCCUUCAUCGAAGCCGUGGUUCCCUUCACCUUUGGGGGCUUUCAGGCCUUGUGUACCGUACUGUACAGCUGCUGUUCUGGCCUGGAAAGCUUAAAGCUCCUGGGGCACCUGGCCUCCCACGGGGCGCUUAGGAGCCGGGAGAUCCUGCACCGGGGUGUUCUCAAUAUGGUCUCCAAUGGCCAUGCUUUGCUGCGCCAGGUCUGUGACAUCUGUGCCAUCACCAUGAGCCUGGUGGCCUAUGUGAUCAAUAGCCUGGUCAACAUCUGCCUCAUUGGCACUCAGAACCUUUUCUCCCUGGUGCUGGCCCUGUGGGAUGCAGUGAUGGGACCGCUGUGGAGGAUGACGGAUGUAGUGGCUGCUUUCCUAGCCCACAUUUCCAGCAGUGCUGUGGCCAUGUCCAUCCUCCUCUGGACCCCCUGCCAACUGGUACUGGAGCUCUUGGCCUCCGCUUCCCGCCUUCUGGCCAGCUUUGUGCUUGUCAACCUCACUGGCCUGCUGCUGCUGGCUUGCGUGCUGGCAGUGACAGUGACUCUUUUGCACCCGGACCUCACCCUGAGGCUGGCCACCCGGGUGCUCAGUCAGCUCCAUGCCCGGCCAUCCUACCACCGGCUCAGAGAGGAUGUUGUGCGGCUCUCUCGCCUAGCACUGGGCUUGGAGGCCUGGCGCCGAGUCUGGAGCCGUAGCCUGCAGCUGGCGAGCUGGCCUAACCGGGGAGGGGCCCCCGGGGCCCCCCAGGGUGGCCCUAGGAGGGUGCCCUCAGCCAGGACCUGGCGACAAGACGCUCUUACUGAAGCUGGGCCCAGAUCAGAGGCAGAAGAAGAGGAGGUCAGGAUGGCCAGAGUGACAGCUGCCCGGGGCCGGGAGAGGCUCAAUGUAGAGGAGCCUGUAGCUGGGCAAGACCCAUGGAAAUUACUGAAGGAGCAAGAGGAGCGGAAGAAGUGCGUCAUCUGCCAGGACCAGAGCAAGACAGUGCUGCUUCUGCCUUGUCGGCACCUGUGCCUCUGCCAGGCCUGCACUGAGAUCCUGAUGCGCCACCCUGUCUACCACCGCAACUGCCCACUGUGCCGCCGGGGCAUCCUGCAGACCCUCAAUGUCUACCUCUGAAGACUCCCUCCCCGUCUGCCCACCUCUCUACGCUCCACGCAGCCACCUGCGCUAGGACAGCAUUCACACCUGAUCUCUGGGUCCCAGCCUGAAGCCCCUCCUGCCCCUAUGGCCGUCCUGCCGAGCCUCGAAGCCAUACGUCCAGGACGUGGAGAUGGGAAGCUGGAAGACUGUGGCUUGGCUGGGGGCAGGGUUACAGCUUAUCCUUACCCAGUGGGUCCCUGUGAUGCCGAGGGUGGUGAGUCUGUCACUCUGCGAGGCCCUGAGACUGUUCUCUGUGGGCUCCCCUCCAGCUUGCCAGGGCCCACCCAGAUGCCCGCAUCUGGGGCUCCCCCUCUCCGCUUCUGAUUGUUCUGUUGGGGAUUUGCAGGUUCUUUCCCUGCUCCCUUCCCACUUCCUCCCCCGCUUCUGCAGCCACACACAUCAGUGUCAUUUGGGUGUUUUGGCAACUCAAGGGCCUUGGAAUGAUCUUGAACAUUUGCCUUCAGCUGGAGCCCCUGUGCUCUGGCAGGCUUUGGGGGUAGGAUCUCUCAGGUGCCCUUAGAGCUACUUCUACCAGUCAUGAUCUUAUGAGGCUCCCUUCUAACCUGACCCAACAGCUGGGAUAAGAAUUAACCCCCAGGUGUGUGUGAGUUUGCACCUGGCUUUGGGACCACGUGUCCUCUGACACCCCAGCACCACUGGGAACCACAGGGGGGAUAGCCAGAUUUCUACUCCUAUCCCUUUCACUCUCCACAUCGCAGAAUGAAAUGGCAUUCUGUUCGUCUCUCCCUGGCAUCGGGGAGGGCAGACUGUGCACAUUUCACUAGGGUCCAAAUACAGAAGGGGCCAGGGCCGAGAGGCAUGCAGCUCCCUGAGGGGUCUGUCUGGCCCAGGAUCCAAUGAAUGAAGUUCUGUUACAGCUCUGAAGGCCUCUGUGUGCAUCCUUGCAAGGGCGAGCCGUCGGUUAGGGUGAUGGAUGCUGCAGCAGGGUCCUUCAGUCCUGCUGGAGUCACAAGUGUGGUUGGUGGGGGACCUGGCAGAGAGAUAAGAUAGGGUGCCUUGGGGAGAGCCCCUGCCAGGUGUGGCUGGCUUUGCUUUCACCCUGUCUGAUUUGUGUCCUCUCACGUGCACAGCUUUUGGAAAGCUCUCCUUAUCUUUUUUAUCUUUCCGGAAUUAGCCCUAGGAGAGAGGAGUGUGAACUUGUUCACCCUUUGGGUCAGCCCUCCCAGCUUUCCUCUGGUGCCACUCUUCCCAGGAGGGAGCUUGGGGUUCCUGCUGCCUGGAGUCCAACCUACCCUCAGAUCCCUGGAGUAGUUGGUGCUUGUCGUGUCUCUUGGCAUAGAGUGGCGCUGUGAUGGGCUGGAGUAUGGCUGUGGGGCCUCCUGGUGGACAGCUGGGAGGCCUGACUCUAGCUCACUGGGUCCA